AGAUGGCGGCAGCCCCGGUGUGGCAUCUUGUGGCAGGGCUGGGGCACCGACCUUUGGUGUGGGUUCGGACCCGGUCCUGGUGUCCACUCCUAGGCUGGACGGCUACCGCUUCUCCAUGGUCAACCUUGAGGAGAGCCAAGACGUGGAACUGGACGCCAUCCUGGGUGAACUGUGUGCCCUGGAGACCCAGUUUGAGCGUGAGAUCAACCAGAAGGGCCACUCGAGGACCUACAAUGGCAGUGUUGCCAGCACCAUGGCCGUCACGCUGAACCUGGGCCCCAGCACGCCGACGGCGGUGGCAGUGCCGUCCUCGGCAACCACCGCCACGUCUCCGUUCAGCUCUGGCCGAUCAAGCCAGCGUUCCUCUGGCCACAGUCGCUCCAGUUCUUCCAGUGGGGGAAGGUCCAAGCUGGACUUGGGGCCCUUCCAGGAUGCAUCUGGAGUCUCGAACGGCGCGCCGAGGACAGAGAGCCCGGACAACGACUCGGCAUUCUCCGACAAUGUGUCCAUGCUCUCCUCGGAGUCGUCUGCUUCGUCGGGGGGUGGAGGCAACGCCACACGGUCCUCGUCUGCUCCAGAAGGCUCUUCGUCGAACCAGGGACCUUCGCUCGUCAAGGCUGAUGUUGGCAGCACGGGGGGCACUGCACUUGCCUCUUCGCCAACCCAGCUUUUAGAGGCCAUCAAUGCCAAGCUGCGGUCAAUCCAGGCAGGCAUUGAGUUGGACACUACGCCGCCUCUGUUCAUCAAGGCAUUCAGCGCGGACAACAGUGCCAAGAGCCUGCUGGUGGACGAGCGGAUGAGCAUUGUGUACGUGAUGCGGCUGCUCGCGGACAAGAACCACGUGUCCAUGGACCCUAAGUGGGCCAUCCUGGAGAGCAUCCCGCAGCUUUACAUGGAGCGCAUGUACGAGGACCAUGAGAACCUGGUGGAGAACCUGCUGCUGUGGACAAGAGACUCGUGCAACCGCAUCCUCUUCCUCGAGAGGGAGGAGAAGUACGACCUCUUCGUCAACCCGGAGGUCUACCUGCUCGGAGGCUCCUCAUCGGAACGUGGAGCUGAAUUGGAUGACGACUCGAAGAUGGCGCUGAUCGAUGAGUUCUUCUCUGGGUCGAGCGUGGGCGUGCCCGAAGUGGAGGGCGUCCUCUACCUGAAGAGCGAUGGCAAGAAGGCCUGGAAGAAGCACUUCUUUGUGCUCAGGGCGUCGGGCCUCUACUACUGCCCCAAGGGCAAGUCAAAGCUUUCCAAGGACCUCGUGUGCUUGACAACUUUCGAGAUGAACAACAUUUAUGUGGGCUUUGGCUGGAAGAAGAAGUACAAGGCGCCGACAGAGUACGGCUUCGCCAUCAAGCACCCCCAGAUCCAAACCAAGUCAUCCAAAUACAUCAAGUACCUGUGUGCUGAAGACCGGCAGACUUUGCGACGAUGGGUCACCGGAUGUCGCAUCGCUAAGUAUGGCCGCCACCUGAAGGACAACUACGACAACCUGAUGCGGGACAUCGUGGAGGAAGACCUGGAAACCCUGGCCCACGCUCGGAGCUUCUCUAUAUGCUCCAUGGCCAAGACACUGGCUGCAGUCAGCCCCGAGAAUGGCUCUUCGGGGCCCUCCAGUCCGGCCUCGGACGGGCUCGGAGGACUCCGACCGGAGCGGAGAGGAAGCCAGGACUCGGACUCUGGCCUCACCAUCACAGCCAGCGACUUGGACCCCUCUCCUCCGACAGGCCGGAGUGCGGGCCUCGCGCGACAGGAGUCUGUGGCCUCGAGUUCCAGCGGGAGCAGUGGGUUCCCCUCGGAGCGCUCCGAUGCCGCGACUCCAACAGACCAGCAGAUCGCCUUCUUCGACGCAGACCUGCCCGUGGGAACCAUCAAGCGGAAGCCGUCCAUGACCCCGAAGAUUCCGCUGACCAACACAACGCGGACGCUGGCGAAGCAGUCGGUGGACGAACUCCCGAACGAUGCGGGACUCUACGACACGAUCGGAAGGAAGAGCGGGGCCCUCCUCGUCGGCAGCCUGGGCCGCAAUGCGGGCGCCCGAAUGAGUCUGCGCCGCUCGCACACGGACGAAAGGAUAUCGGCCUCGGCGUUCGUCAGUGGGACGCUCCUGCGCAGCAGACAGGGCAGCCUGCCAUCUUCUUCGGCCGCGGCAGAAAUCAAGUGCCGCUCUUUGUCGCCAAGGAGCAGUCGAGAAGAGACUCCCGCGAGCCCUUCUCCGCCCAAAUCGCCUCAGACUCCGCCGAAUCUGGAGCGGCCGUCUCCAACCGAGCUCUCGCCGUGCCACUCUCCGGAGCGGCAGGACAACUUGGCCGGAAGCACGCUGAGCCUGGACUCUCUGCCACCGCCUCCUCCGCCGCUGCAGCUCGGAGAGGCCUAUUGGCCCAGCACGUCCAGCCUUAACUCCCUCCCUCCCCCUCCGUCCCCCUUCACGACCCCCACAAAUAGCCCACCCCCUGGCAGCGCUCACACGACACCCACCAACAGUCCGCCCGCCGUUCCGCCGAAGCCAAAGUCGCCUCGGUCUCCGAUUUCCCCGGAUUUGUCUCCAGUUUUCUCAAACCGGUCCUCGACGUCCCCGCAAAGAUCCCUAUGUCCGUACCGGAGGCCCUCGGAAGUCUCGGCCGGCUCCAUCUACGCGGACCCGCAGCUUAUCGUGGAUGGCUACGAGACCCUCAAGCGGCGUAGGGACACACAGUCAGUGGCUCCCCCACCUCCACCUCCCCCCCCUCCACCUCCACCUCCUCCCCCUGCGGUGAAGAGAAAACCGCCCCCGCCGAAGCGGAGCGAAAGCACGCGUUUGUCGUCGCCGGCGCGGCGCUCGUUUUCGUCUCCGGCCGGCCCGGGCCAGAUCCCCUGUCCGCCCGACGUGUUCCUCAAGGACCUGCACAGGGUCAUGGAGAAGAAGUGGAAGGUAGCGCAGCAGCUGUCGUCAGAACCGCUGGCAACACCGCACGAGAUCCUGGGGUUCAGGGACCCGCGCUGCCUGGCGCCAGAAGAGAGCAGCGCGGACACAACGCUGCGACGCAAGACAGCGCCACCGCCGCCUCCGAAGCGGAGUGACGCCACGCACCUCUCGCGGAAGGUGUGUUGAUGCUGGGAAAGAGAGACUCCGAACGCAACGCCUAAAGCGCAGGCCGCCAUUCUCCUCCAAACGACGAGCCGGUCUCGGGAAAGUUCGGAAGGGCGUCGAGCGCCGUUCGUUGUGGAUUGUGAAGGCGUGACUGUCCACAGCCACCUAGCCUCGUUUGUUGUGUUACACAUUUUUUUUUUCAGUUGAACUUACGGCCAGCUGAAAGUGCAAAGAAACGGGUGGAAGCUGUGUGCGGCAUGAAGGCUUUAGGGACUGACACGUGAGGGCUAGUCUUGCUUCUAACGUGGAACCUCCGCAUUGAGCGGCCACAGUGCUCUAGGAACUGAAGUGCCACGCAGAGGCUGCUUGUUUGCCUGUUUUGAGGUGUUGUUGCACGCGACGACAGCCUUGUCAUUGCUGUUUCUGCAAAUUGGAUGUCCACUUUUCCUUGGGGAAGCACCGUGGGGAGGAGGUUGUCGUUGGUACCAGCGCCAUUUGGAGGAAAGGCGUGGUCCAGUUUUGGGGCAUUAGGUUAAGCCCGUUCACCAACCCAACCGAUAGACAGACCAAGUUGCUGGUUGCGCAGCCAGAGGGUCAUUGGAAGGAAUGUGUACUCGGUUUGGGGGGUGAUGAAAUACUUUAAAAUAUCCUAUUUAACUAGAUUGUAUGCAACUGUGUGUGGAGUGCCUGGACUUUUGGAAUGAACAAAGGAGCACAUAGUGUUUUUCGUGCUGAAAGUAAGGAUCUUAAUGAGCUGGCUUUUGAAUGCUUAGAAGGAAACCAGAUGUUCACAAGAUCGAAAGCGCAUUGGAUUUUGCCGGAUGGCUUUUAAAUGAUAGCAGUUUUUUGUUUUCCACAAACACUUUAUUCGCUCUUGCAAUCUUCAAAAUCUCGAAAGAAUUUUUUGUUUUUACUUUGUGCCAUGGCUUUUAUAUUGAGCUUCAGAUCUCUUCACCUGCUUUUUUUUCUGUAGCUUGUUUGUCUUUCCUUAUUUUUUGCAUCAUAAUGUGAAAAGAAUAAUACCAGGUAUUGAAGGAAGCUGUCAUUUAUGAAAAGUAUGAUGAUCUUGCUUCUAAUUGGUUCUUAAAUGUGGGAACUUUUUUAAUAUCCGUUUUGUCAGCUCUGUCUUUGAUAAAAAAGAACUUUAGGAGGGUGCUAAUUGACUGAAAUCUUGCACUUAAUAAGUAGCGUGGCAUCAAGUUUAAACCCAUUUGGAGCUCCAUUUGGCUUGCAAUUCUUUAGGUUUUAUAUGAACUUAUUGGAAUGUCAUUAGUCAUGACAAAAAAAAAGAGCUGUUUCCUGGUUAAUGUAUAUGCCACUGGUUUGGCUGGAGCUGUGGGUUUGUGCAUCAAGCGAUUGCUUUACACACAACUGUAUUGAGUGGGUGCCUUUCUCACAUUUAGUUUAUUCUUCACUCUCUAGUGUGCCAUUUCCUCCCAAAGCUUGUGUGUUCUAGGUCACAUCAUUCUUCUAGGUUCAAUAUACUAUCUUUAGAAAAUAGUACCAUUAAAAGUUUUUGUUACAGUUGACUUCAAAUGGAUCUGUUAGAAAACCUAGUGCAUAAUUUGAAUAAUAGUCGGUUUACGAUUUAUUUAUAAAAUUUAUCUGGAAAGCCUCAGGCAUGAAAACCCUUGUAUUGACAUGUGCAGGUAUUUGAAAAGAUUGCUUGGUGUGAGUGGAGAAUGUUGAUGGAAUAGAACUGCAUGUCUCAAUAUGCAAAAUCAACAGCACAAAUAUUAGCGAGUCAUUGUGCACAUUUCCUCAUAAGUGUCCGUGAGCUUGUACAUACAUGUUCUGUGUCUCCUAAGAAAUUCCAGCUAUGGUUAGCUCCAACAGUUUUUGACGUAUAAGUUUCAGGAACAAAGUCGUGUAUCUUCCCUUAGUAGAAAACAAAUUCAACCGCAUAUCACCAAGUUUUAAUUUACCAAUGCUUCAUUAUCCAAGAACUCCUUAGCUUAGCAGAAAUGAGUGCAGAACACUAGAUUGUUAUGUGCAAGCAUCUAUAUUUAGGCUAAUCAAAAACUAAGAUUAAUUAAUUCUUCACUACUGACAACAAAUACUUAAUUUUAAAUGAUAGCAGCACUUUGUUAGUUUCAUUUAAGGACUGCUUUAAGGGAAACCAUUUCUUGCCGUUGUGCAAAAGAUUCCAAAGUUUCUUUAAGCUGUCCUUUCACAUGCUCACUCAGAAAAGCAAGCAUGACUUGCCGGAUGUAUUUGAUCUGUGAGGAGCAGUCUGGUUUCCCAAACAAUCUACUCAAACCCUUUCACAUCUAAGGUAACAGUCAUGCAAUGGCUACGGUACAGGCCUCGAGAUGUUCUAUCUAUAUUUCCUUGUUCUGAGAGUUGGGUCACUUUUAUCACUGUUGUUCUUGUUGUGAAAUUCCUAAGCAUACACAACUUGCCCAAAGAGGAAUGGUGGAGACAGGUUUUCUUGAACUGCCGUGUUUGCUUUUUCUCAGAAGCGUGGCCGGUGCUUCAAUAUGCCUGAUCAUAACGCAUGGCUGACUGCUAGAUGUGGAAGCAUGUGUUUCAAGAGACGCUGGACAGUUGAAGGUAUUUGGGAAAGGCAAAGGGGACAUGCCGCAGCACUUAUCCAAAGUUCUACAGAAAGAGAUCAUGUAUUUGCUUUUAAAUUUAGAUUGCACAGCAUAAACGUGAAAUCUAUACCAAAAAUUAGGCAAAGUAAGAUCCUGGAUGACCUCUCCAAGCAGACAAUUACUGUAAGGAAACUUCAUAACAUAUUGCCUUGCCAUCUCUGACACAUGCUUUUCUGUUCUAUGGUCCAUUCAUUUUUUUACACGGGUGAAAUCAAAAAGUGUUUGGUCACUUUUAGGUUGCCAUUGCUGACUGCCAUUUCGAAGCGUGCCAUAGUGCUUCCAAUUUUGUUAGAAUCUUGUUUCGCAAACUUGUUUGAGGAUAACUGCUUUAAUGGCUGUGUCCAUCGAGAAUGCCACAACAGCACAGACAUGAAUUGUUAUGACCGCCUUCGCAGCUGCCACCGACCGACGGCAUUUAAAUGUGCAGGAUGUUUUGCUUAUGGAGGCAAUAUUGAGUACUUUCUGUCAGUGCCAACACGAAAAGAAGAUGCAUCAACCAAUAGCAAAUUUAUCUUGGUCUCGAUUCUGUUCACUUUUCUGCACACAACAUACAGGAUGUCGUUCCAGCUCCUUUUUCUUUCUGUAGGGUAGAUCGGGGAUGGCAUGCAUGUCAUGUAUCCAAGGCCGCUGUUUCGCAGCCACGGGCGCUUGGUUAAAUCUUGGAACUCUUCCGAUUUUCUCAAUGUCGUCUGGUCCUAGAACAUCUAGAGAGAAAUUGAGCGCAGCCUUUUGGUUUCCCUUUAUUUUUGUCUCAUUGUAUACUGGUUAGUUGUAACAAACUGUAUACACAACUUGACUUUGAUACCUUUGUGGUGGCAAGCCGUUCGGGUAUGCUACAGCGGUUCAAGACGUAGUUCACCUGUUGGUAGGGGUUUUCCCCUUGCCGGACAUUCUGCCAUGCAUUUGAGGCCCCUUCCCCUUCGUAAUUGCCUUUUAUCGUCAUAGUUUGCUAGUAUUUCUGCUAUUUUUAUAGUUUUAUACUGCUCCCUUUUUUAAUUUAUGAUGGAACUGUUUUUCUUUCUAAGUGAGAGACGCCUGGACAUUUGCUGUGUCAACUCUGCGUUGGGGACAUGUCGGUUCGGUGUGGGGCUCCUGCGUGAAACGGCAACGCCGUGCGAAGAGAGUAUUCCGACGUAUGCGAUAUCAAAUCGCUGGGUGACAGUGUGCUGCGAUGUGCCUGAAGCUCUGGUAAGCUUGUAAGACACUCGAGAAUAAAGCCAAUGACAUGUUA